CCGAGGCAGAGGGUGCUGCCUCCGCCGGCCGCGCCCGGCCGGGCUGCGGGCUGACCUCCGCCCCCUCCGGCCCCGCAGUUCGGCAGGAUGUCGGUGAAGGAGGGCGCACAGCGCAAGUGGGCAGCGCUGAAGGAGAAGCUGGGGCCGCAGGACGCGGACCCCACGGAGGCCAACCUGGAGAGCGCCGACCCCGAGCUGUGCAUCCGGCUGCUGCAGAUGCCGUCUGUGGUCAACUACUCCGGCCUGCGCAAGCGGCUGGAGGGCAGUGACGGCAGCUGGAUGGUGCAGUUCCUGGAGCAGAGCGGCCUGGACCUGCUGCUCGAGGCCCUGCCCCGCCUGUCCGGCCGCGGCGUGGCCCGCAUCGCCGACGCCCUGCUGCAGCUCACCUGCAUCAGCUGCGUGCGCGCCGUCAUGAACUCCCAGCAGGGCCUCGAGUACAUCCUCAGCAACCAGGCCUACGUGCGCCAGCUCUCCCUGGCUCUGGACACCUCGAACGUGAUGGUCAAGAAGCAGGUGUUCGAGCUGCUGGCCGCCCUGUGCAUCUACUCUCCCGAGGGCCAUGCCCUGGCCCUGGACGCCCUGGACCAUUACAAGACGGUGUGCAGCCAGCAGUACCGCUUCAGCGUCAUCGUGAACGAGCUCUCUGACAGCAGCAACGUGCCCUACGUCGUCACCCUGCUCAGCACGGUCAAUGCCAUCAUCCUGGGCCCCGAGGACCUCCGUGCCCGCACCCAGCUGCGCAGCGAAUUCAUUGGCUCAGCUGCCCUGGCCUCUGGUCACAGGAACCUCGGGGACGCCGACCUGCUGAUCCAGCUCGAGGCCUUCGAGGAGGCCAAGGCGGAGGACCAGGAGGAGCUGCUGCAGCUCUGUGGAGGCGUGGACAUGAACAGCCACCAGGAGGUCUUUGCCUCCCUGUUCCACAAGGUGAGCUGCUCGCCGGCGUCCGCACAGCUGCUGUCCAUGCUACAGGGCCUCCUACACCUGGAGCCCACCCUCCGCUCCAGCCAGCUUCUCUGGGAGGCCCUGGAGAGCCUGGUGAACCGGGCCGUGCUCUUGGCCAGUGACGCCCAGGAAUGCACCCUGGAGGAGAUGGUCCAGCGGCUUGCGGCGGUCAAGGGGCGGCCCCACCCGAGCUCCCUGGACAAGGUCCACAAGGCUGUCCAGGCCAACCUGGGCCAGAGGCGGAGGGGCAGCUCCCCCCAAAACUCUGGCACCCCAGAGGCGGGUGUGAAGGCCCAGCAGCCAGCAGUGACCCUCACCAGCCUGCACGCUGUCAACAAACAGAGUGGGGGCCCCGAAGUGGCUCCAGAGCCAAGGGCCCUAGAACUGCGGGCACCCACCCCACCCCUGCUGGCACCGCCCCUGCCCUGCUCCACUCCACCCCCACCCCCACCGCCCAUCAUGGGCUGGGGUCCCCCUCCACCACCACCCCCACCAGGCACCUCUGGUGCCCCCGCAGUGGGUAGUAUGGAGGAGGUCAUCGUGGCCCAGGUGGACCACAGCCUGGGCUCCGCCUGGGUCCCCUGCCACCGGCGGGUGAAGCCCCCUGCGGUGCGCAUGAAGAAGCUGAACUGGCAGAAGCUGCCGUCCAACGUGGCACAAGAGCGCAGCUCCAUGUGGGCGUCGCUGAGCGGCCUGGGCCCCGAGGUGGUGGAGCCCGACUUCUCCAGCAUCGAGCGGCUCUUCUCCUUCCCCGUGGCCAAGCCCAAGGAGCCCGCAGCUGCCCCCGCCAGGAAGGAGCCCAGGGAGAUCACGUUCCUGGACUCCAAGAAGAGCCUGAACCUCAACAUCUUUCUGAAGCAGUUUAAGUGCUCCAACGAGGAGGUGGCUGCUAUGAUCCGCUCAGGGGACACCACCAAGUUCGACGUGGAGGUGCUCAAGCAGCUCCGCAAGCUGCUCCCUGAGAAGCACGAGAUCGAAAACCUGCGUUCAUUCACGGGGGAUCAGGCCAAACUGGCCAGCGCCGACCAAUUCUACCUCCUCCUGCUGGGCAUCCCCUGCUACCAGCUCCGGGUCGAGUGCAUGCAGCUGUGUGAGGGCACGGCCGUCGUGCUGGACAUGGUGCGGCCCAAGGCCCAGCUGGUGCUCACCGCCUGCAACAGCCUGCUCACCAGCCACCAGCUGCCCAUUUUCUGCCAGCUAAUCCUGAGAAUUGGGAACUUCCUCAACUACGGCAGCCACACAGGGGACGCCGAUGGCUUCAAGAUCAGCACGCUGCUGAAGCUCACGGAGACCAAGUCGCAGCAGAGCCGUGUGACGCUACUGCACCAUGUGCUGGAGGAGGCACAGAAGAGCCACCCAGACCUCCUGCAGCUGCCGCAGGAGCUGGAGCAGCCGUCCCAGGCGGCGGGGAUCAACCUUGAGAUUAUUCACUCGGAGGCCAGCACCAACCUGAAGAAGCUUCUGGAGAUGGAACGGAAGGUGUCGUCUGCCCCUGAGGUGCAGCAGCAGUAUGCCCAGCGCCUGCAGGCCAGUAUCGAGGCGUCCCAGGCACUGGAGGAGGUGUUCCAGGCCAUCGAGCAGAAGAAGCUGGAGCUGGCCCACUACCUGUGCGAAGACGCCCAGCAGCUGUCUCUGGAGGACACGUUCAGCACCAUGAAGACCUUCCGGGACCUCUUCAUCCGCGCCCUGAAGGAGAACAGGGACCGUCAGGAGCAGGCCGCGAAGGCAGAGGCACGGAGGCUGCGGGGCGAGGACGGGAAGCCAGUCAGGAAGGGUGGCAGGAAGCAGGAGGAAGUGUGCGUCAUCGACGCCCUGCUGGCCGACAUCAGGAGGGGCUUCCAGCUGCGGAAGACAGCCCGAGGCCGAGGGGACGCGGAAGCGGGCAGCAGGGCGGCGGCCGCAGACACCCCAAGGGACAAGGCUCCCGUGGUCUCCAGCGACCCCACAGGAGGCCCCGUGGGAGGCACCAGCUGCCCUGCCUCUGGGCCUGGUCUUGACACUGAGGUGGCCAGGGAGCCCCUGACCUGGGACCUCGUGGAUGCCACCGUCCCCAGCCCGGAGCCCACUGGAGACGUGUCGGAGGAGGACGAGCCCCGGCCCCAGGAGAGGCGAUCGUCCUGGUACAUCGACGCCAGCGAUGUCCUGCCCUCGGCAGAUCCCCAGAGCCCCCAGCCCCCUGUAGGGUCCUGGCCGGUGGCACUGGGGGACGCUCAGGCCCUGAAGCCCCUUCACUUCUCCAGUGACAAGCCCCCCGGGGCCAUGGGCUCAGGCCACGACACUGAGGACCCCGUAGCCCCACGGGGUGUCUGCCAGGCCGAGGACGACAGUGCAGACGAGGGAGCAGAAGACACGGCUGUCCCCAGCCGCAGCGCCGAGGACAGGGAUGAGGAGGACACGGCCCCGGAUUCCGCUCUCGACACUUCCCUGGACAGAUCCUUCUCGGAGGACUCGGUGACCGACUCCCCAGGGUCCGGCACCCUCCCGAGAGCCCGCGGCCGGGCCUCGAAGGGGACGGGCAGGCGAAGAAAGAAGCACCCGUCACGAAGCCAAGAAGGCCUCAGGCCCAGGCCCAAAGCCAAGUGACAACCCCCACAGCCAGCCUCCCCACAGCCGCGAGGCAAUCUCCGUGCCUUACCCAGCCAGGGACGUGGGCCUCCCGGAGCCUUCUGGGAGCGCACGGCCAGGACCCCGAUGGGCAUCGGUCCCACCCCGCCUGGCGGCCUCCUGGACCGCCCGCACAGCCCCGCCUGCGGUCUGCUUUCUCAAGCCCGUGCCCACGCCUGCAUGCCCAUGGCGCCCAGGGGGCCAGGUGGCUGUGUCCGCAGGCCGCCUCCAAGCUUUCACCCACUUCCUGGUGACCCGGCACCCAGAUUCUCCUGAAGACAGGCCCUCGCAGACCCCCGCCCCAAAGCCACGGCAGCCGGAACUGGACCCCCACCUUCCCCUACCAGGCCCCACUCCCCAGCUCUGCCCCCUGCUCCCUUAGCUGGGCCGAAGCAGAGUGGUUUUAACCAAAAUAUGACUGUUUAUGCGUUUUGGCUGUUCUGUAGUGGCUCAGUUGGGGGCAAGCGGGUGGACGAGAGGACCAGGGACAGAGGCAGGCUGGCCGCAGUGCUGUGGGCAGGACCGGGUCCUCGUGCUCAGCAGACAGGUGGAGGGCCACGUGGGGUUGGCCCCCAUCCCAGUCUAGCACUGAAGGUAGGGCGGUGUCUGCCCUGGCUGCCACGCCAGGACUGCCUGCCCAGCAGCCGGGCCCUGGCCACCUUGCCAGCACAGGGACCCACCAUGCAGCUGCUGUUCCCACCGCCAGAGGCUUGCCCCGCCCCCCUGCUGGACCGCGAGGCAGCCUAGAGGACAGGAAAGGUCCAGCCAGGGGGCUGCCCCCGCCCCUUACUGCCCUACUCAACAGAGGGGCAGCCUGCCCACGCCCCCUGCCCCCUGCCCCCACCCCAGGCGUGCUGCCCAGGCUGAAAGCCAGAGGGACCUGGACCAAUAAAGUACAGAGCUGGC